AUGGCUACUACGUUGUACAUGAUAAAUCACCUGAUGUUGAAGAAUUCAUUGAGCACUAAUUACAGCUUGUAUUAUUUGACGAAGAGAUUAAAUGAUAGGGUCUACAGUAAAAAUCUCCUUGCCGAUGACAAUGAUUUGCUUCAGUUGUUGGUGUCCCAGCCACAUUUUUCUGAGAUUUAUGUUGUCGAAGACGUGUCUAGUGGAGGAGUGUAUGUUCCUUCAUUCGAUCUCCCUCAAUCUUCCGCAUAUGGAGGUGAAUCUAAUGCAAUAUUCGAAGGUGGGGACGGAUUGGAAGCAAUCCAAAGAUAUGCUUAUUUAGACUUAUCAGCCGGAGAUUCACCAGCGCAAGAAAUUGUUGAACCGUCGAUCACUUGGGAUGAAGAAUAUGUUCCAUCGUCUGAAGUCGAGACUGAUACAAGCGCCUCUGAAGACUUAUCAGAACCAGAGAACUUGAGAAGGGCGGGGAUUGAAUAUGCAGGUUGGCAGAAUUUGCAGAUCAAUGACGAUGAUGAUGAACAGGGCAAGGAAUAUUCUGUCACCAAAUCAGACAAUAGACGAAUUUACUUCAAAUGCAAGCAUUCAGAUAAGUGCCCCUUCAAGCUCAGUGCAUCGUCUCAAGAUGGAUCCAUUUGGGGUGUGUAUAAGUUCACCAAUGAGCACUUAUGCGACGGUGAUCUAGGGCGCGCCAUCCAGCUGGAGCUGCAAUGUGAGUUUGGUGUACACAUCAAGCACGAUGUUGCAUUGCGAGCCCGUAAUCGUGCGAUUGAGAUGGUUUAUGGUCGACAUGAUCAAUCCUUCGAGAUGCUGCCUAAGUAUUUAUACAUGUUAAGACAAUCCAAUCCCGGUUCGUUGGUGGAGUGGGAAGUUGACCCUGAUGGCCGAUUCAAACACUUAUUUGUUGCUCUUGUAGCUUCGGCUAGUUGUUUCAUGUUCAACUUACGACCAGUGAUUGUAGUCGACGGCACACACUUGAAGGGCAAGAAUAGGGGUAUUCUGUUUGUUGCAGUGACCAAGGACGACAACGAGAGUUUAUUCCCACUCGCGUAUGAUGUUGGCCCGAAAGAGAACGAUGAAUCGUGGAUGUAUUUCAUGUCGCGCAUUUGA